AUGGGGGCCUAUCUGGACACCAUGAAUGGUUCCACAGGCGAGGAUGACCCUUCUCCUCCGGCUAAGAGACGAAGGACGGAUGAAGGCGAUGUCUCCCAGGAAGCGGAGAAAGUGACACAAAAGCCACCAGAAAUUGACGAGAACUUCUACUCUAGACAGAUCUACGUCCUCGGGCGCGACGCCAUGAUGCGCCUGGCCCAAUCGGACGUUCUCAUUUCGGGCGUGGGAGGCCUGGGCGUCGAGAUCGCCAAGAACGUCGUCCUCGCUGGCGUCAGGUCCGUCACCAUCCACGACGAGCAAGUGUGCACCGGUGUGGACCUGUCGUCUCAGUACUUCCUCGGUGAAGCUACUGUCGGCGAAAACCGGGCAAGUGCCUGCGAGGCUCCCCUGGGACAACUGAACAAGUACGUGCGGGUGACAGCCCAUACGGAGCCGCUGACGAUGGAUUUCCUGAAGAAGUUCACCGUGGUCGUGUUGACCGAGACCCCGCUGCAAACUCAACAGUCUAUGGCCGCCUUCACCCACGAGAACAACAUUCCUCUGAUCAUUGCCGAUACCCGGGGCGUGGCUGGGCAAAUAUUCUGCGACUUCGGCGAGAAAUUCCGCGUGCUUGACCCCGACGGAGAGCCACCACGGACGGUUGUGCUCAAGUCAAUCAGUCAGAAGCAAGGAGUGGUCACCACUUCACACAAGGCGCGGCAUGGCUUCGAAGACGGCGACUACGUCACCUUCUCCGAAGUCCGAGGCAUGACCGAGAUCAACGAAUGUCCGCCCAUGGAGAUCAAGGUUUUAGCACCACACCGAUUCUCCGUCAUGGCACCGUACAACGGUAUUACAGGCACAGGCGGCUUUGCUACCGAGCUCAAGAUGCCGAAGGAUGUCAAGUUUAAACCUUUGAAGGAAUCUCUGCAGAACCCGGAGUUCGUCCCAUGUGAUACGGCGAAUGCCGAUCGUGCCGCGCAGCUGCACCUGGGAUUCCAGGCACUGCACGCCUUCCAGGAGGCGCACCGGCGACUGCCGCGUGCUUGGGACAUGUACGAGGCAGCGGAGGUUGUUCAGCUUGCCAAGGAGAAGAACGCCCUGCAGGCCAACCCACUGAAGGAAAUUGACGACAGGAUCCUUACCCUGCUGUCUUGCACCUCAUCUGGCUCCCUGUGUCCCAUGCAGUCUGUCAUUGGCAGCAUCGCGGCGCAGGAAGUUAUCAAGGCGUGCACAGGCAAGUUCACUCCUAUCCACCAGUGGUUCUACUUCGAUGCCUUCGAAUGCCUCCCACAGAAGGCCAGUGUCCCUGAGUUCUGCGUCAAAGAGAUGGAACUUGCGCGGUACGGUGCGCAGGCCUGUGUGUUUGGUUCGGAUGUGCAACGCACGCUGUUGUCACUGAACUACCUUGUGGUCGGUGCCGGGGCCAUUGGCUGCGAGCUACUCAAGAACUUGGCCAUGAUGGGUGUCGGGGCAGGGUGCGGUUGUAUCUACCUCACGGACGCGGACAAGGUUGAGAUGUCCAACCUGAACAGGAUGUUCUUCUUUCGGACCGAGGACGUCGGACACUCGAAGGCCGUCGCCGCCGCGAAUGCCGCUCUGCGAAUGAAUCCAGAACUGAAUAUCACUUCUCAUGAGGACAAGGUCGGACCGGAAACGGAGAGCGUCUACAACGACCUGUUCUUCACGCAUCUGAACGGAGUGGCCAGCGCGAUAGACAAUGUCGAAGGACGUCGCUACAUAGACCGCCGUUGCGUGCGCUACUGCAAGCCACUGGUAGAUUCGGGCACCGAAGGCACCAAGGGCAGCGUCCAGGUGGUCGUCCCAUUCGUGACCGAGUCCUACACGUGCUCCCGGGACCCGCCCGAGACGUCGGUGCCCCUCUGCACCAUCAAGUACUUUCCCAACAAAGUAGAGCACACUAUCGAGUGGGCACGUGAUGAGUUCGAAGGCCUCUUCAAGAUGAGCGCGGUGAAUGCGGUCAAGUAUCUGGAGUGAGUUGACUUGCUGCAAGAGCUCAUGAAGAUCCUGGUGGAAGAACGGGCUUGGGUUUUCGACGAUUGCGUUGAAUUCGCCAGGCUUCGCUUUCAAGAGCAGUAUGACACCAGGAUCAGACAGAUGCUAAGACAUUACCCCGAGGAGCAGCUCACCUCCAAGGGUACGCCAUUCUGGUCCGCAGGCAGGCGCUGCCCCCACCCCAUCGAGUUCGACCCCAGCAACACGCUGCACGUGGACUACAUCGUUGCUGCGGCGAACCUUCGAGCUGCGAUGUUCGGCAUUCCGCAGUGCACAGACCGCGAAGUUAUUACCCGCAUGCUCGAAGAUGUAGACGUUCCCGUCUACGACCCGCAUAAAAACGAUGCCGCUGUCAACGAGGACCACACCGUGCCUCGUGACGCUAAGGAGCUUGUGUGUGAUCUGCUGGAAGAGCUCCCAGCUCCAAGGGACCUUGAGGAUCUGACCUUAACGGCGCUCGAGUUCGACGUGGACGAUGAUUCCAAUUUCCACCUGGACUUCAUCGUGGCGGCAUCUAAUCUGCGUGCCGCGAACUACAACAUCGCGCCGGCCGACCGGCUCAACAGCAAGCUCGUCGCGGGCAGGAUUAUUCCGGCCAUCGCCACGACCACGUCACUCGUCGCGGGCCUCGCUUGUCUGGAAUUAUACAAGUUGGUUCAGGAGCACGAGAAGCCGGAGCUAUACAGAAACAGCUUUGUCAACUUGGCGCUGCCCUUUUUCGGUUUCUCGGAACCCGUUCCACCUCAAUUUAAAAAGUUCCGCAACCAAGAGUACUCAUUCUGGAACUGCCUCGAAAUUAAAGGAGAGAUGACACUCGCACAGCUUCUGGAGUACUUCAGGCUAGAGCACGAACUCGAAGUCAUGAGCGUGUUGGAAGGCGACCAUACUCUAUACGACGCCAACACGCCCCCUUCUAAGGCACUCAUGAAGAUCGCCGUGAGCAAAGUCGUGGAGCGAGUGUCCAAGGCUGCAAUCGACAGUGGGACGCUGGCCCUGACUCUUCAAGUCGCGGGCAGAGACGCCAACAGCGGAGAAGAGGUGGAGGUGCCCAGAGUGCGAUACCUGCUGCGCUGA